GCAGGACGUGAGCGCGCGACGCGGCGCCGCCACCGCGCUCGUGGCCGGCACCCGCGGGGCCGCGUAGUCCCGGCUUCCCGGCGCCGCUGGGCUCCCGGGAGGGCGGCAGGUGCAGCGGGGCCGGGUGGCCGGCCAGGGGGCACCGCGGCGGCGGCGGGUGGAUGAGAGUUGGCCCCGAUCACCCCGCAGGGGAAUCCUCCCGUCAUGUCCAGGUGAGGCCGAAGAGUGCCGUGCUGAACAUGCUCAGGAGGCUGGAUAGGAUCAGGUUCAGAGGCCACAAGAGAGAGGACUUCCUUGACUUAGCCGAGUCUCCAAAUGCCUCGGACACCGAGUGUGGAGACGAGAUCCCUCUGAAGACACCACGGCCCUCACCCCGGGACAGUGAGGAGCUCAGGGAUCCUGCUGGUCCAGGGACCCUCAUCAUGGCAGCAGGUGUCCAGGACUUUAGCAGGACAGAGUUUGAUCGGCUGAACGAGAUCAAGGGUCAUCUGGAAAUCGCCUUACUGGAAAAGCACUUUCUUCAGGAGGAGCUCCGGAAGCUUCGGGAAGAGACCAACUCAGAGAUGCUGCGGCAGGAGCUUGAUCGGGAGCGGCAGCGCCGGAUCGAACUGGAACAGAAAAUGCAAGAGGUGCUGAAGGCCAGGUCAGAGGAGCAGCCGGCACAGCCUCAGCAGCCGCCAAAGGGACAGAGCCACACCAGCAAUGGCACUGGCACAGACCGUCGCAGCCAGGGGCUGUCAGCCCGUGUACAGAAGUGGUUCUAUGAGAGGUUUGGAGAGUAUGUGGAGGACUUCCGCUUCCAGCCAGAGGAGAACACGGUGGAGACGGAGGAGCCCCUCAGUGCCCGCAGGCUAACUGAAAACAUGAGACGAUUGAAGCGUGGUGCCAAGCCAGUCACUAACUUUGUGAAGAACCUGUCUGCCUUAUCCGACUGGUACUCCAUCUACACCUCUGCCAUCGCCUUCACCGUGUACAUGAAUGCUGUGUGGCAUGGCUGGGCCAUCCCCAUGUUCCUGUUCCUAGCAAUUUUGAGGUUGUCCCUCAAUUACCUCAUCGCCAGGGGCUGGCGGAUACAAUGGAGCAUUGUGCCAGAAGUGUCUGAAGCUGUGGAACCUGCAAAGGAAGAUCUGACUGUGUCUGAGAAGUUCCAGCUGGUGCUGGAUGUUGCCCAGAAAGCGCAGAAUCUCUUUGGCAAGAUGGCCGACAUUCUAGAAAAGAUCAAGAACUUGUUCAUGUGGGUGCAACCUGAGAUCACACAGAAACUGUAUGUCGCUCUGUGGGCCGCCUUCCUAGCUUCUUGCUUCUUCCCCUACCGCCUGGUGGGGCUUGCUGUUGGCCUUUAUGCUGGCAUUAAGUUUUUCCUAAUCGACUUCAUCUUCAAACGCUGCCCGAGACUUCGAGCCAAGUAUGACACACCCUAUAUCAUCUGGAAGAACCUCCCUACUGACCCCCAGCUCAAGGAGCGUGCUGGUGCCACCGUGUCACGCAGGCUGCAGACAACCUCAUCACGGAGCUACGUCUCCAGUGCUCCAACCGGUCUGAGUAAGGAUGAAGAUGCUGGCCGAUUUCACAGCACCAAGAAGGGCAAUUUCCAUGAGAUCUUUAACUUGACUGAAAAUGAGCGCCCACUAGCAGUGUGUGAGAAUGGUUGGCGUUGCUGCCUCAUAAACCGAGACCGGAAGAUGCCCACGGACUACAUCAGGAACGGGGUUCUAUAUGUGACAGAGAAUUAUCUGUGCUUCGAAAGCUCCAAGUCUGGGUCCUCAAAGAGGAACAAAGUGAUCAAGCUGGCGGACAUCACAGAUAUCCAGAAGUACAAAGUCUUGUCCGUCCUUCCUGGCUCAGGCAUGGGGAUUGCUGUAUCAACUCCAUCAACCCAGAAACCCCUGGUGUUUGGUGCCAUGGUGCACAGAGAUGAAGCCUUUGAGACCAUUUUCAGCCAGUAUGUGAAAAUCACGUCUGCAGCAGCCUCUGGUGGCGACAGCUAGUAUUGACUCGAAGGUGUUGCUGGAAUCCUUUCUUAUCAUUGGCUAGAGGGUCAGAUGGGAUGUCCUUCUCAUCUUUGGCAAUAAUUCUGGACUAUGGCUGGUUAUGGCGGCCUGGGUUCUGCAUACCCAAAGGGCUUGGACUCUGGAUGGUGCCGGGCUGGCCCGUGCUGAGCUCGUGAAGCACCUUCGAGGACACCUGUGGACACAGGUGGGCAGAGGAUCCUCUUAACCUGUUUGAAGGAUGGCACACAAGGCAAUCGUCCUCAGACCUGGCUAAGCACAGCUCCUCAUUCUCCAUCCCGGCCUGGGUACAGACCCAGCACCUGCCAUCGUGAGAGGUUCCAUGAUCCCAUGAUCCCUCUUCUCCAGAGACUAGAGGCUUUUUUUCCAUCAAAGCCAUAGUUGGGAGUGGUUGUGGCCCCUUCUUGCCGGGAUGGUAAGGCAGACAGAAGUGGUGGGGAGGCCCCUUUCUGGUUAAAAAAAAAAAAAAAUGGCCAGUCAUCUCACUCAGUGGGUACUGCAAGGCUGUGGGUAGGACCUCUCAGGGUUUGGUAUGUUUGAGGUACCUCCCCUUCCAUUUUCAGUGUCUGGGCCUGAGCUGUCACUCAUCUGACCCAUCUUGGCUUGACACUCCAGCCAAGAGACCAGGCCAUUGGUUGAUGGACAGCAAGGGUCCAGAAUGGCGUGUUGGCAAAAGCACACUUUUUUUUUUUUUUAAACACUUGGCUUUCUGGGAAGGUUUUGAGGGCAUUUCCCACUCCAGCUGCUGUUCAGUGAGAAUCACUGGUAGUCUGGCUGGCGUUUGGCCUCCAGGAUGCAGCCCCUCCAAGUAAUGGGGUGGGUUCAGGGAGCUGGCCUGCAGGGCUGUCAGGGAGAUAGGGGAGGGCCCUGUGCCACAGGGGACACUGUGGGCAGAACCUAGAGGUUGGGCGUCCAAGUUGCCCUGUACCUCUAACAUCUUAACAGUAUUCCUUCUUCCUACAUGCUCAGCAAGGGCCAGGCAGACCCCGCCCUACCCAUGCUUCCUGCCCCAACCAAGGUGAAGACCACAGGGGUGGGUGAUCUUGCAGGCCUGGCCUCUGAAGGGUGCAACUACCACCCCACCUGUGCAUUUUCUGGGUGGGUCAUGACUCCUUCAGCUUGUCCUGAGUCCUUCAGGUGUCACUGAGAUUGUUUUUUUGAAGAAACAGAAGAUUCUAUUUUUUACAGAGAGCAAGCUGUUUUUCUUAUUUUUGUAUCAUUUUUCAAAUGUAAUUUUUACCUUUGCUCCAAUCCUCAUUUGCUGGUGUGGGUGUGAGGCCUGGUGGCUUGGGCUCAUGACACCCCAUUCCCAGGGGCUUCAGGCCACACACUGGGGUUGGGAAAGGCUUGCCAGGCAGCCGUAUCAAGCACACAUACCACCCCAGAUGUGCCUCAAAGGCCUCAUAGCUCCAGGUACAUGGGGGGGGGAGUCUGAACAUGGAGGCAGGACCCUCCACCCAGGGCUGUGGCUUGGGCCCUUGUAAUAUGCUCAUGCUCUGAAGAGCAUGGAGUGAGAUAAGGGAGGACCUGGUGGCACCCCUAACAUGCCAGAGGGGAGGAAAUAUGACCUCUGACCUGUCUCUGGGGAUGGCUGCAUGGGUGAUGACCACACAUGGUGGUUAAUGCUUUCUGAACUCUGGCAGUGCCCUGGGUUGGCGAAUGCUGCCCCGGGGUGCCACCCAGAGGCCUUGAGCUGAAUGGGCUUUUAGGAUGGAACAAGAGGUUUAGUUGGAGUCUCUUUCUCUUGGAAAGAGAGAUGAAGACUGACCACAGGCCAGGGAGACAGGGCUGGGCCAGGGGCCUGUGAAGGCGAUGGCAUACUUAGAGACACUGGGGUUUUUACUGGAUUGUGUGAUUUGAGCAAGUGUUUAAUUUCUGACUAAUCACUGACCUAGAAUGUUCAAUUUUGUAUGUCUGAAGCCUAAGUCUGUUUUGGAUCUGUACAUAAUUGUUAUUGGUGUAACUUUUGUUCUAUGAAAGGAUCAUAUUCUAUAAAGAACUGAUAGGAAGAAAAAUUCUCUGUCACUUUUUUUUCAUUUUUAAAGAAAAAUCUUGUUUAGAUACAAAGUCUUGUAUAAAUUAUAAUUUUUAUUUAAUAAACCUUAAAAUGCUCUGUGCUAA